CCCCUGUGCUGAUGGUUCAGGGCAGAGGCAUCACCCUCAGCUUGCCCCUGUUCCCAUCAGGCUGGGGCUGUUCCUCAGCUGCCAAAUGCUGUCCCCCCAUCACAGACCUGGGCUCUGCCUCUGCCUGGGGAGUUGCUGUGCUGCAAACUGCUCUCAGCAAUUGCAUCCUGCUGCCUUUGUUUCUAACGCAGCUGCGUUCCAGGCACGGGGGAAGACCCGUGUGGAAACAAGGCUUUGUCAAAUGCUGUGGGAUUGUUGUUACAGAUUAGGAGAGAUGGAGCAGGAGGUGGAGGAGAGGACCCGUAACUGAGGGCUCAGGGGAUGGCUGAGGUUUGGAGCAGCAGAGGUUUGGAUGAACAAUGCCAAUCCAGGCAUUGGGAUUCAGGAACAGGGUCUGUCCCAGGGAGAGGACCCUGCGUUGUCGUUGGCACUGCUGCCUCGCCAUCAAGGCCGAUAUGUGAGAUGGGUGUGUUCUGCAUGGCCCCAAAACUCUAAUAAAUACAUUUCCUCCCCAGUCUUCAAGCUGUUGGGUGUUCCUGGCUUUUGGGAGGUGCUUUAAAUCUGACUGCCAGAGCCGUGGGCUGCUGAGAGCAGAAGCUGCCUGCACGAUGCUGAGCUCAGGUCUUCCUCCCGUUCUCCUGGUGCUCUCAGUGCUGGAGCUGAGCUGGUGCCUGAGUGAUGAAGAAAAGAAGAUCAUCGUGGAUGAGCAUAAUAAAUAUCGCUCCCAGGUCUCUCCUCCUGCCCAGGCUAUGAUGAAGAUGACCUGGGACAAGGAGCUGGAGGCCCUUGCUCAAUCCUAUGCAGAGAAAUGCAUCUGGGACCACAACAAGGAGAGAGGCCGACGGGGAGAAAACCUCUUUGCCAUGGCCCCAAUGCUGGAACUGGAAUUCGCCGUGGAAGACUGGAACGGGGAGGAGAAAUUCUACAACUUCACAACAUCCACGUGUGUCCCCGGGCAGAUGUGUGGCCACUACACCCAGGUGGUCUGGUCAAGCACGCAUCAGAUCGGGUGCGGGGCACAUUUCUGUGAGAAGAUUGAUGGGAUUGAAACAGAGAACAUGCACCUGCUGGUCUGCAACUAUUAUCCCCCGUAAGUCCCAGCCCCUGCAUGGAUUGGUGCAUCUCAGUGGGGUUUCUGUGCUGGAAAUGCCCUCAUGUCACAGCAGGGUUUGUCCUUGGUCAGAAAUAGAAGUUCCAAAUGAUGCUGGUGUUAUCUUGGGUUGGUCCCAGACUAAGGAAGGGUUGUCUGGAAAUCCCAGCCCAUGAUUGUGGCUGCUGAGUGCUGGUUUAGCUCCUGGAACACACCCAGGGAGGGACCUUCUUCCCCAAGAGCUGCUCAAGGCUGAGGUGGCAGUAGCUGAGGGUACAAACUCUCCCCUGCCCUGGGCCUGGUUCUUCCCUGCCUGCAGCAGCCAUUCCCUGGGUGCCUUUUGCCCUUUUGCAGCAGCAGGAAGGGCUGGACAUGGGAGGAGAGCUGGGUACCCCAUUCCCAGCCCUGAGAUCAGCCUUGGCACCACUGGCUUGGAGCUGCUGAGAGCACCAAGAGUGGUUGGUGGCUGCAGACCCUCCUGGGGUCUGGAGCAGAAGUGAGACAGAAUUCCCUGUCCCAGUGUCCAUCCCCUGCUCUGUCCUGAGGGGAUCAGGGAUCUGCUCACCCCCAAAGUUGUCUGCCCUGGCUUUAGCUGCCGUGGGGUCAGGCUGGUGAGUAAACACCCUGACAGGCCGUGGCAGGAGACCAAGACCUGUUUUCUACACUAAUCCCAAGUUUUGCCUUGGCUGGGAUAUCCCAGCUGAA